AUGAAAUAUGUCGCUAUAUAAAACUAAUCUUGAAGAAAUAUUAACUUACAGCAAAACCUCGGCAUGAUGCUUUUUUCACAGACUCUAAAACGUUAAGUUAGAGCCAUGCAUCCCUCUUGAACGCGAUUAGAUAUUAACGUUUGAAUAUAAUCCUGCUUUCUGGGUUGCUAUCGAAUCAAUUCCCAUGUUCCGGGGGAUUAAUAAAAGCCUUUCUUGCGGUCCUUGGGAAUGAAACCACAUUCUCGAUGCAUCAUUAGGUACUUGUACACAUCACAUGUUAUGUGCGUGCCAAUCCAUGUCAAACGCUACACCUGCAAUCCAAAUGAUGAUCUUCGAUUCCCGUCACUCCUGCCUUUUAUAGGAAGGUCUUGACAUCACAAUGCACUUGCUAGGCUCUCGCAUUGAUUGAUGUAGCACUGCAUCAAGGAUACGAAUGUGGUUGUUGAUAACCCCUCGUUGAAAACAAAUACUUGAACUCUAUAACAGUGGCAUGUCUUCACCCGUUUACCAACAGUUUCAUGAACGCUUGUCUUAUCGUUUGUCGUUGUUCUUCAAUAUGAAACCUAUAAAAUACUUGGAAGCUUCUAUUGCCUUCUUGCUGUCAUCUCCUGCAAUAGCUCAAUGGAGCACGAUUAAUACAACGUUGACUUCGAGUACAUUCGACCCGCUCCAGUAUGUCAAUCAACUCAUCGGCACUGACAAUGGUGGAAAUGUUUUUGCCGGUGCCACCCUUCCAUACGGAAUGGCUAAAGCGGUCGCUGAUGUUGACGGCCAAAAUACCGCAGGAUUCUCAACGGAUGGCAGCAAUGUAACUGGGUUCUCACAUAUGCAUGAUUCUGGUACAGGGGGAAAUCCUUCCCUGGGAAACUUCCCCUUAUUUCCAUCCUACUGUCCCGAUGAUGUGAUUGACAACUGCAAAUUCUUAAUCACAGAUCGAGCUACGCCAUAUGUGCUGGAUUCGGUGUUGGCCACGCCAGGAUAUUUUGGAUUAAACCUAACAAAUGGCAUUCAUGCCGAGAUGACAGUAUCAGAGCAUGCUGCUCUUUAUCACUUCAAUUUUCCAGUAGAAAAAUCUUCCAAUGGGACGGCCUUAAGCCCGCUCAUUCUCAUGGAUCUGACGGAUUUGAGUGCGAGUAGACAGAACGCAACCAUUAGCGUGGCUGACGAUGGGCGUAUCAAAGCCAAUGGGACUUUCAUUCCGAGUUUCGGUGGUGACUCAUACAUGUCAUACGUUUGCGUUGACUUUUCCGGGGCAAGCAUCCUGGACACUGGGAUAUGGGUCAACAACAGAGCAGGAACACAACCAAAGGAAUUAUUCGUCACAAGAGGCAUAAAUCUCUUCUACAUUCAAGCUGGAGGAUUCGUUCGCUUUCAAGCACCAAGUGAUGGAACUAUUAGCGCUAGAGUGGGCGUGAGUCUCAUUAGUUCGGAGAAAGCUUGUCAGAAUGCAGAAAGUGAAAUUACUGAUUGGGACUUUGCUAGGCUGCAGGAGACGGCCGAGAACGCAUGGAGGGAGAAACUGAGUGUUGUGACUAUACAACCUGGUAAUGGUAGUGAUACUUCACUAUUAACCAACUUCUAUAGUGCAAUCUAUAGGACUAUGAUGUCACCGCAAAACUAUACUGGGGAGAAUCCCUUAUGGGAAAGUAGCGAACCAUACUUUGAUUCUUUCUACUGUAUAUGGGAUGCAUUCAGAUCUCAGCUCCCAUUUCUCACUAUCGUCGAUCCAUCUGCUUUAUCAGAGAUGAUACGUAGUCUCCUUGAAACCUACCAGAACCUUGGCUGGCUUCCAGAUUGUCGUAUGAGUCUCUGUAAAGGGUUUACUCAAGGUGGUUCAAACGCCGACAAUGUUAUCUCCGAUGCAUACGUGAAGAAUGUCACAGGCAUAGACUGGCAACUAGCUUAUGAAGCUGUGGUAAACGAUGCAGAAAACGAGCCACUAGAAUGGUCCAACGAAGGCCGUGGUGGUCUCAUGUCAUGGCAAGCCUUGAACUAUAUACCAUACCUCGAUUAUGAUUACUUGGGUUUCGGCACGAACUCGAGAAGUAUUUCUAGGACGUUAGAGUAUUCGUAUAACGAUUUCUGUAUCUCGACUCUCGGCAAAGGUUUAGGGAAACCCGAAUAUACGAAAUACUUGCAUCGCGCGACAAAUUGGCAGAAUCUGUGGAAAGAAGAUCAAACUUCGUCUAUUAAUGGUGUAGAUACAGGAUUUACAGGAUUCUUUCAGCCGAAAUAUUUAAACGGGACGUGGGGGUAUCAGGAUCCGAUACUUUGUAGUCCGUUGGAUUCCUUUUGCAGUUUAACAAGUAAUCCACAGGAAACUUUUGAGGAUAGUAUUUGGGAGUAUCAAUUUUUUGUACCGCAUGAUAUCGCGACUCUAAUCGAUCUAGUUGGUGGGCCAGAGAACUUCAUCGCUCGUCUCGAUUAUCUGCAUACUAGUGGUUUAACGGACAUCGGAAAUGAACCUUCUUUCUUGACAUACGCCGGUCGUCCUGCUCUCUCAGCAUCCCGUGCCCAUAUGUACAUACCCGCAUAUUUCAAUACCUCAACCACUGGUUUACCUGGCAACGACGAUACCGGCGCCAUGGCCUCCUUUGCUGCAUUUUCAAUGAUGGGUUUGUUCCCCAACCCUGGACAAAAUGUCUAUCUUAUCAUCCCGCCCUUUUUCGAAUCUCUGAGUUUCACAAAUGAGAAUGGAAAAAAGAGUACGAUCAAGAACGUUGGAUGGGAUGGAGGUGUGAGGAAUGUUUUUGUACAGAGUGCGAAGGUAGAUGGAGUGCUGUGGAAUAAGAAUUGGAUUGGACAUGAAUUCUUCACCGAGGGACAGACAUUGGAAUUAUUUUUAGGAGAUACGGAAAGUGAUUGGGGGACUAAAGAGGAGGAUUUGCCUCCUAGUAUGAAAGUUGGCCAUAUGAAACUCUAAUCGAAGGAUCGGCACGGAAUCAAAAAGUGUCGAUAUUUCAACUUUUUAACUGGUCAAGGUCUUCUUAGUAUCUUAAGAGAAGUCAUGGUCUCAAAUUUGAAACAAAUCUGAAUCUACAGAUUUUUUGGCUAUUCAGGUCGGGACAGUCCCGAUAUCUUUAUAAAAGAUUUCCGCCCAUAUGCAUGAUCAUUGCAUGCCCUUUUUCAUCUACAAGAGAAAUUUGCCGGAUUGACUACUCCUCGAUUUUUCGCCCACAUUUCGCCAUUUAUGUGUGUGAGGACAUCGUCAUUGAGUGAGUAGGAAACCAUCUUCACCCUUUUUGGUGUUGGGAUGGUGAUUUGAGUAUUGUGGGGGGGGUCCGUAUUGAAGUACAACAAUGACGAGCUUCGGAAAGUUAAUAGAUACAUACGUAUAAUGUACAAGUCUUUGCUUCUACUGGUUUUGCUGUCCGUGAUAGAAAAUAAAUGGAAGAAAGUGAAGCUUAAAGUAGAAUAUGGCCUGGUCCACACACCAAGUUCAGCUCUUGAG